CAUCAAAAUCAAAGACACCCCCGAAGAGUUCUUUGAAAACAGUGAGGAGGUUUUUUUAGGGCUUUACGAAUCAGAAAGCUCUGCUAAGCAACUGGGUUUUGAUUCAGAAGCAGUAAAGGUCAUAUUGUUCUCUGGACUGUUAAUAUGGCUACAGCUACUGGACUCGAGUCUCUUGUUGAUCAGAUUAUUUCGGUGAUUACAAAUGAUGGACGCAACAUUGUGGGAGUUCUUAAAGGUUUUGACCAAGCUACAAAUAUAAUCCUUGAUGAAUCUCAUGAACGUGUGUUUUCCACAAAGGAAGGAGUACAACAAGUUGUGUUGGGUUUGUACAUUAUCAGAGGCGACAACAUAGGUGUUAUUGGGGAGCUAGACGAGGAGCUUGAUGCAAGCCUGGACUUAUCAAAACUGAGAGCUCAACCUUUGAAACCCGUCGUGCAUUGAUUGAAAAUAGCUAUGGUGAGAUCUAAAACAAAGAGAAGAUUUGAUUGUAAACAAUUUGGAUAGUUUGUUUUGAUGUCAUCAAUGUCUGGGAGAGUUGUCUGUUUUGUGUAUUCUAAGGACAAGAAGGUUAUAUGUUAUUCUAUGUAUAACGUUUCGCCGUUGUUUGCUUCAAAACUAGUUGAUAUCUGAGUCAAGGUGGAAGUAAAAAUGUAAGCUGAAACUAAAUUUGGAAACCUUAUAACAUGGUUACACGGUUGUGACA